AUGAAUAAUGGGGGCCUGAAGUUCCUCAAACAAUUAAAGGACCUGAAGUUCCUGUUAAGAAAUGGCUUAAUGUCCCAGAUCCCGAACUUGAAGUUUCGGGUAAAAUAUGCAAGAUAUUUUGGCCUAAAGUUCAAAAAUAUAUUAAGCCUGAAGAUUAUUGCAAAUUCGGAUACAUCUCAUUUUCUUUUGAAGAUGACAAACUUAGCAAAGCUGGAAUUUGUUGCCCUUGACAUAUCUGGGAACAACUAUCUAUCAUGGGUCCUAGAUGCCAACAUCCAUCUGUGUGCCAAUAGCCUUGGAAAAACCAUUGUAGAUGGAAGUGAUGCAUCACCUGAAAAAAACGCAAAUGCCAUGAUUUUUCUUCGCCGUCACAUUCAUGAAGUGUUGAAAAGCGAAUACGUGGCGGUCGAUGAUCCAUUGGUUAUGUGGAAAGCUUUGUGCAAAAGAUACAAUCACCAGAAGAUGGUGAUCCUCCCGAGAGCCAGAUAUGAGUGGACACACUUGAGAUUUCAAGAUUUCAAGUCAGUGUCUGCGUACAACUCAGCAAUGCACAGAAUCACCUCCCUGAUGAAGUUAUCUGGUGAAAAUAUAUCUGAGGAGGAUAUGCUUGAAAAAACUCUCAGUACCUUUCAUGCCUCAAAUGUGCUCCUGCAGCAGCAAUAUAGGCAUAAUAGUUUUACAAAGUACUCAGAACUAGUAUCUUGCCUUUUAUUGGCUGAGUGGGAGCUUUUAUUGAAAAAUCACCAAUCUCGCCCAACAGGCUCAACACCAUUCCAUGAAGGGAAUGCUGCAUCUCAAGAAGUGAAUGCCACCUCAUCUCAUGGCAGUAUCCACAUAUGUGGGCGAGGAGGUAAGCGUGGCUGUUGGCAAGGGAAUAGAAAAGAUCGUGACACCCAUUCAUAUGGCUUGGGUCUAAGGAACAAUUCAUCCAUGAGCGGCAAAAAUGCAUCCCGGAAUAAAGGGAAAGCUCAGACAAGCCAUGUGCCUAGAAAUGUUGAAGGCGCUUGCAACAGAUGCGGCGUAAAGGGACAUUGGGCGCAUACAUACCUUAAGCCGAAGCAUAUGGUUGAUCUUUAUCAAUCUUCACUUAAGGAUAAGAAAGUGAAGACAAAUUAUAUUGAUCAUGUUAUAUUAUAUCCACCAGCCAUAAAUGGCCCAUUGGAAAUAUCGCAUCUGUUAGACAUGACGCAUAUGGAUGUUUCUGAUUUUGUUAUUGAAAGAGUGAAUGAAGUUAAUGGGUCCGAAUUAGACUAG